UUGAAGCCCUGCCCCCAGAGCGCCCGGCCCGCAGCUCAGCGCCCGGGGCUCCGCUGGAGCGGCCGCGGCGGGGAGGGGGCGGCGCCGGGCGGGGCGGUAUAUCCAGUCCGGCGGAGGGCGGGCCCGCCAGUGCCUGGACCAGGACGCGCCGGGAGCAGCAGGCGGGAGCAGCAGCCGGGAACCGUCACGCGCGUGUACCGUCGCUCGAUGGCUCAGGGAGCCGCUGAGCACGGGAAGAGCCCCCUCCCGCUGCCGCCCAGCACGCCGCGCACCCCGCGCACCCCGCACACCCCGCACACCCCGCACCUCGCAUUUGGCCGCUCGCUCUCCGGGCCCGCGCCCCGCGCCGCCAUGAACCACUCACCGCUCAAGACCGCCCUGGCCUACGAAUGCUUCCAGUUCCAGGACAACUCGACGCUGGCUCUGCCGUCGGACCAGAAGAUAAAGACCGGCACGUCGGGCUGGCAGCGCGUGCAGGAGCAGGUGAUGAUGACCGUCAAGCGGCAGAAGCCCAAGUCUUCCCAGUCGUCCACCCUGAGCCACUCCAACCGAGGUUCCAUGUAUGAUGACAAUUACAACAGCUGCGGGACCACCAGCCGGAGCAGCUACUACUCGAAGUUCCAGGCGGGGAACGGCUCGUGGGGUUAUCCGAUCUACAAUGGGACCCUUAAGCAGGGGGCAGACAACAAGCACUUCAGCUCCUACAGCCAGAUGGAGAGCUGGGGCCGGCAGUACCCUCGCAGCAGCAAUCCCCCCGGCGCCGGCAGCGACAUCUGCUUCAUGCAGAAGAUCAAGGCCAGCCGCAGCGAGCCCAACCUCUACUGCGGCCCCCGCGGCACCCUGCGCAAGGGCACGCUGGGCAGCAAGGGCUACAAGACCCCCCAGAACCGCUACAGCAUCUACAGCACCUGCAGCGGCCAGAAGGCGGUCAAGAAGUACCCGGUGCGCCAGGCCUCCUGUAUCUCCAAGCAGGACUCCGUGUACGUCCAGCCCACCUCCUGCACCAAGGACCAGUCCUUCAGCCACUCAAGGGCCAGCUCCAAGAUCUGCAGCGAGGACAUUGAGUGCAGCGGGCUGACCAUCCCCAGGGCCGUGCAGUACCUGAGCUACCAGGACGAGAAGUGCCAGGCCAUCGGGGCCUAUUACAUCCAGCACACCUGCUUCCAGAAUGAGCCUGCCAAGCAGCAGGUGUACCAGCUGGGCGGCAUCUGCAAGCUGGUGAGCCUCCUCCGCAGCCCCAACCAGAACGUGCAGCAGGCCGCGGCCGGGGCCCUGCGCAACCUGGUGUUCCGGAGCGCCACGAACAAGCUGGAGACUCAGAGGCAGAGCGGCAUCCGCGAGGCCGUCAGCCUCCUGAGGAGGACCAGCUGCACGGAGAUCCAGAAGCAGCUGACCGGGCUGCUCUGGAACCUGUCCUCCACCGAUGAACUGAAGGAGGAACUCAUCUCGGACGCCCUGCCCAUCCUGGCUGACCGGGUCAUCAUCCCGUUCUCCGGCUGGUGCGAUGGCAACAGCAGCCUGCCCCAGGAAGCCGUGGACGCUGAGGUCUUCUUCAACGCCUCCGGCUGCCUGAGGAACCUGAGCUCCGUGGACACAGGGCGCCAGACCAUGCGCAACUACACGGGUCUCAUUGACUCCCUCAUGGCCUAUAUCCAGAACCGCGUGGCAGCCAGCUGCUAUGACGACAAGUCUGUGGAGAACUGCAUGUGCAUCCUGCACAACCUCUCCUACCGCCUGGACUCCGAGGUGCCCACCCCCUACCGCCAGCUGGAGUACAACGCCCGCAACGCCUACACCGAGAAGUCCUCCACCGGCUGCUUCAGCAACAAGAACUACAGGAUGAUGAACGACAACUACGACUGCCCCCCCCUUCCUGAGGAAGAGCCCAACCCCAAGGGCAGCAGCUGGCUGUACCACUCGAACGCCAUCCGCACCUACCUGAACCUCAUGGGCAAGAGCAAGAAGGACGCCACCCUGGAGGCCUGCGCCGGCGCCCUGCAAAACCUGACCGCCAGCAAGGGGCUGAUGUCCAGCAGCAUGAGCCAGCUGAUCGGGCUGAAGGAGAAGGGCCUGCCUCACAUCGCCAACCUCCUGCAGUCGGGCAACUCAGACGUGGUGCGGUCCGGAGCUUCCCUCCUGAGCAACAUGUCCCGCCACCCCGCGCUGCACAGGGUGAUGGGGAACCAAGUGUUCCCAGAGGUGACCAGACUCCUCACCAGCCAUACCGGCCACACCAGCAACUCGGAGGACAUCCUGUCCUCGUCCUGCUACACCGUGAGGAACCUGAUGGCGUCGCUGCCGGGGAUGGCCAAGCAGCACUUCUCCAGCGGCAUGAUCAGCAACGUCAUCAACCUGUGUCGCAGCAGUGCCUCCCCCAAGGCUACAGAGGCCGCCCGACUCCUCCUGGCUGAUAUGAGGUCCAACAGGGAGCUGCAGGGGGUCCUCAGACAGCAAGGUUUGGAUCGGAACAUGCUGGGAACCUUGGCUGGGACCAGCAGCCUCCGGAGCUUCACCUCCCGAUUCUAAGCAGAGGCUGCCCAAGCAAGUUCGGCUUGCAGACGUGAUACGAUCCAGCUGAGAAGACUCGGGCCUUGCUGGAGGGGUAUUCUGUCCAGCUGCACAGUAUUGGGAAAGGUUUAACCACAGCUGAGAGCAAUCCGGGACGCCGUGGACGACAAAAAUACUUUUAGAUUCUUUUUUUUUUCCUUGGGGGAACUGACAGGCAAUGGGGAUUGGGGAGGGUUGGGGGGCCUUCUUGAGUUAAGGGAGCUUACGUCUGAUGUCAAUACUUCUUUUGCCGAGAAACGGUACAUAUACAUGUGUAUAGUGUGUGUGUGUGUGUGUGUGUGUGUGUGUGUGGCCGCGCACACGUGCGUGUGCGUGUGCUGAAAGCAGGACCUCAAACUGCAAAGAGCUGUGUGAGCUGCCGGACUGCAGCUCCCGGUGGUGGAGGGACCCACCCUCACGGGCGCGGACGCUGUGUGCUUUGGGUUUAGCGUCCCCGUCGUCCUGAGCUGUGUGUGCCGGGGCAGGGGCCACGCCAGCGCCAGGCCCACGGGGACCGCUGCAGGGGGAGGGGCGCGAUGGGGAGUACCUGGGCCCGGGGGCUCAACCCCCGCUAAGAGGCAGCUCUGCAGGAAGGGAGGUUGGCGGGCUUCGGUGUAUCUCCUGGGAAGAUGUAGUUGUGCGCUUGUGUGGCCCAGCCCGCGGUGCCACGGGGCCGUCUGCAAGAUGGGCCGGGACGGGCACACCGGCUUUGCUGUGUGAAGGCUGUCCCGAGGGUAGGUGCCAGAGAGGGGGCUGGCCACUGUCGCGGGCUGCGUACCCGUCAGAGCAGUCUCAGCCUGGGGAGCCCCUG